AUGGCUCAAGAAGACCAAUCCGGCAACCCGCACAACAGACCUCGGAUCCGAGCUCGUGACGGCGAGAAAGCUGGCAAGUAUCGUGAAGUCAAGGCAGUUCGUUUGCAUAGAGAACGUGGCGUCACUUUUUGGCGAUUCAAUCUGGAGAUUGAACUUGGGUUGAGACAAGCGCGAGUCGCGUAUCGAAUCAACAGAGGUCCAGCGAUCGGCUUCUGGGUUCCCGGAAGAGGUCAAAGCAUGAACAUCAUGUUCCAUUCUUGUAAUGGGUUCAGCCUGUCCGUAAACUCGAACGAGUUCACCGGACCAGAUCCUCUCUGGCGAGAUGUUCUGAAUAAACACCUAUCAAGACCGUUUCAUGUCAUGCUUGGUGGCGGAGAUCAGAUCUACAACGAUGCUGCCAUGCGUGAUACAACAUACUUCAAAGAGUGGUUGCAGACCAAGAAUCCGGAGCAUAAGCACAGAGCGGACUUCACAGAGGAAAUGCAAGACGAGCUUGAGUCGUUCUACCUUGAUAGAUAUAGUAUGUGGUUCUCCCAAGGGUUGUUUGGUAUGGCCAACAGUCAAAUUCCGAUGGGCUAUGGAUCUUAUCCGCAUCAUUUUAUGAGUACCAGAGUAUUUACCGGCUUAGGUGCGGUUGCAUUCAAGUACUACAUGCUUUUCCAGCACCAGAGCGUAGUGUCCGAGACCCAACGAGAUGAGCCAUCAUGGGUGCUGGGCGCCUCUCCUGGACCAUACAUCAACGAGCUCAGUCGCAGCGUUUUCAUGUUCCUUGGCCGAAAAGUUGCACUGCUAGGUCUGGACUGCCGAACGGAAAGAAUGAGAGAUGAGGUCUUAAGCCAGCAAAGCUACGACAUUGUGUUCGACCGUUGUCGAUCGCAAAUCAUCAAAGGAGAAACCAAGCACCUUAUCGUCUUGCUUGGUGUUCCAAUCGCAUAUCCGAGACUUAACUUUCUGGAGAAUAUACUGACAUCGCGAGUCAUGGACCCCAUUAAGGCUAUUGGUCGGACAGGUCUCUUGGGUGGCUUCGUCAACAAAUUCGACGGCGGAGUCGAGAUUCUGGAUGAUCUGGAUGACCAUUGGACGGCAAAGCAUCACAAGCCGGAAAGAAAUUGGUUCAUACAAGAGCUGCAAGAGCUUGCAGCCAGCAAAUCUGUGCGCAUCACCAUCCUGGGAGGCGAUGUACAUCUUGGUGCAGUAGGACAGUUCUACACGAAGAAGAAGCUGGGUGUCGCUAAGGAUAGAGACCAUCGAUACAUGCCCAACGUUGUCUCUUCUGCCAUCGUCAACACACCUCCACCAAACAUCAUGGGCGAUGUGCUUAACAAGCGGAACAAAGUCCACCAUCUGGAUGCUGAGACAGAUGAGGACAUGAUUCCGAUGUUCGAGCAGGACGUCAAUGGCAAAGCUCGAAACAAUCUUCAUCUCCUUCCCAGAAGGAACUACUGCAGCAUU